GAGCUGCCCGCAGGCUGCCCGCCCCCGCCGAGCCGCGCCGCGCUCUGCCCCGGGGCGCUCGGGCCGGCGGGGCACGGCGGGGCCAGGCGGAGAGCGCGGCGGCAGCGGCGACGGCGGGGGACAGGCUUCGUGCCCCGCCCGCCACGGCACGGCUCGGCACGGCUCGGCAUCGCACGGCGCGGCGCGGCGCGGCACGAACGACUCGGCAUCGCGCGGCACGGCACGGAACGGCUCGGUUCCGCUCGGCACGGCUCGGCUCCGGCAGCUCCCGAGCCAUUCAAACAAGUGGCUCCGGCAGCACUUCGGGGCCGGAGCUGGGGAGCGGGCGCAGCGUGGCUCCCUGCCCCGGAGGCGCCGGGCCCUUCACACUGCCUCUUUUCUCUGACGCUUGCUCUUUAUUUGACGAUGAAAUAAUGUUGACAUGUCUUGAAUUAUUAAGUAUUCCCUGGAUUUUAUUAGCACAUGAUGCCUAAAUGCUGCCUGUAUCUGCUGGGGUCUUAACCAGAGAGGAGCGAAGGAGAGAGGCAGAGAGACAGAGCGAGGGAGAGGAGAGAGAGGGGUUUUUGACAGCUGUAUUUGUGCUGAUAAGCGAAGGCACAAGGAGACGAUCGACUAGUGAGACAAGAGGGAAGCGGCGGCUCGGAGCUGCUGAGAGGGGCUGCGCUUCCCUCCCGAGACGGCUCGGCCCUCCCGGUGCCGUGCUGGGGCUUGGGGGGGACCCGAACCCCCUCCCAGCGCCUGGCCGGGCUCUCGGCCAGUGCCUGUGCCAGGGGGCAGCUCGCUGGCUGGGCACACCAGCUGCACGGGGCAGAUGCCGAUUGAGAUCGUGUGUAAAAUCAAAUUUGCUGAAGAGGAUGAGAAGCAGAAGGAGAAAGAAGAAGGGGACAAGGAGAGCCUGAUCGAGGAGCCUGCCCGGCCCCGCUCCCGGGAUCUGGCCACCUUUGCCAGCACCAGCACGCUGCACGGCUUGGGACACAUCUGCCGGUCGGGACGGCUGGGCGUGCGCCAGACCCUCUGGGCAUUUGCCUUCCUGGCCUCCCUCGCCUUCUUCCUCUACCAGGCGGCCAAGUCAGCGCUGCUCUACCUGGAGCACCCCCAUGUCAUGGCCCUGGACGAGGAGGCCAUCCGUGAGAUGGUCUUCCCGGCCAUCACCAUCUGCAACAUCAACCGCUACCGCCACUCGGCACUCACCGACGCCGACAUCUUUCACUUGGCCAACAUGACCGGACUGCCCCCCAAGGACCGGGAUGGUCACAAGGCCACGGACUUGCUCUACCCUGACCCCGACAUGGCUGACAUUGUCAACCGUACCGGCCACCAACUCGACGACAUGCUCAAGAGCUGCAACUUCAGCGGCGAGAACUGCUCAUCCCGCGAUUUCACUGUGGUCUACACACGCUAUGGGAAGUGCUACACCUUCAAUGGGGAUCGGAGGAAUCCACGUGUGACCCGCCAAGGUGGCAUGGGCAACGGGCUGGAGAUCAUGCUGGACAUCCAGCAGGAAGAGUACCUGCCCAUCUGGAGAGAGACCAAUGAGACAUCAUUUGAAGCUGGCAUCCGGGUCCAGAUCCACAGCCAGGACGAGCCACCCUAUAUCCAUCAGCUGGGCUUUGGUGUCUCGCCUGGCUUCCAGACCUUUGUGUCCUGCCAGGAGCAGCGGCUCACCUACCUGCCACAGCCGUGGGGGAACUGCCGGGCCAGCAUGCAGGGGGAGCAGCUGCUGCCUGGCUAUGACACCUACAGCAUCGCUGCCUGCCGCCUCCAGUGUGAGAAGGAGGCCGUGGUGCAGAGCUGCCACUGCCGUAUGGUCCAUAUGCCAGGCAACGAGUCCAUCUGCUCCCCUAAUGUGUACAUCGAGUGUGCUGACCACACGCUGGACGCAGCAGUGGAGGACAGCCAGGAGCGCUGCAGCUGCCCCACACCGUGCAACCUGACACGCUAUGGCAAGGAGAUCUCCAUGGUCCGCAUCCCCAACAAGGGCUCAGCGCGCUACCUCGCCCGCAAGUACAACAAGAAUGAGACCUACAUUCGGGAGAACUUCCUGGUGCUGGACAUCUUCUUUGAGGCGCUCAACUAUGAAGCCAUUGAGCAGAAGAAAGCCUAUGACCUUGCUGGGCUUCUCGGGGACAUCGGGGGGCAGAUGGGCCUGUUCAUUGGUGCCAGCAUCCUCACCAUCUUGGAGAUCCUGGACUACAUCUAUGAGGUGAUCCGAGAUAAGGUGAGCCGGGUCCUGCGCCGCUCCAAGCCACCUCUGAAGAAGCCCUCAGGCAGCAUCGCCACACUGGGAUUGGAGGAGAUGAAGGACCAGAGCCCCUGUGAGACACUGGGUCGGCACGUGGAGGGUGCCUACAACGCAGGCAUCCUGCCCAACCACCACCGCCACCACUACCCUCACCAGGGAGUCUUCGAGGACUUCGCCUGCUAGGAUUGGGUUUGGGGGACAGCCUCCUGUCACCCCCCUCCCCAGCGUUCUCAUGGAGAGGGACCGCGGCACUGGGUGCGGUGGGCACAGGCCCCUGCCUCCCCCACCCCACUGCCAGGACCAGCCACACUGUUUGCCCCCAGUGAUGCCACUGGAGCUGCCUCAGCACCGGCACUGGAGCAGCCCCCUGGCCCUUUUGCCUGUCCCCUCUGCUUGCCCCUAGCACGUGGGCUCAACCCAGUUUCAAGCACACAGCGUGGAGGGGGAUGGGCGUGCCAGGGGAUUUUGGGGGAGCAGCAAGUGUGGGCCCAAGAGGCCUUGGUGCUGCAGAGUAUGAAGGGGGUAAGCUGAGGUUCCUGUGAGCCCCUCCAAGCCCUCCCUUGCUGACCCCUCCUGGGUGGUGGUCUCUGCCCUGCAUGGUUUUCCCUAAGAGAGAGACAUGCCUGGAACAGCUUCCCUCUGCCUGGGAACCACCUCCUCCCCUUCCUGCUGCAGGGCAGGGCAGCAUUGCAGGGCACCCCUCUAAGCAGCAUGGCCCCCGUGGCCAGCCCAGGGACACCCCAACUGCAGCCACACCUGCAUGGCACCACCCUGACCCCUGGCACCACCACCACCACUGUGACACGCCCCCAAACAUCCGCCUACCCUUGCCCAACCUCAUGCAGUCUCUCAGGGCUGCAGCCCCUCCUUCACUGUUCCCAGCCAGACCCCUGCACUGUGACUCCCCCUGCCACUCCAGUGUUGGCCCCCAAUAAUCCCCAGUCAUUUCAGCACUGCAAACCUACUGCCUCCCCCAUCUCCUGCCCCAAUCUGUUGUGAACCCAUCCUCUCCUUGCCCAGCUGUUGCCCAGAGUGGCUCAUCCCUUGGUGUAGCUGCCUGGCACAGCCCAGGCAGAUGGUGGGUCCUGCCCUCGCUCCCCUGCCUGUCGCUGCUCUUUGUGCACGUAGCCCUUGCCAUGCUCCCAGCCCCAGGUGCUGAGCACCCUCUGUGCCUCACCCAGACUGUACAUGGUUAGGAGGGUGCUCCGUGCCCAGCCCUGCCCGGACAGCCACAGUCCAGCCCACUGGCCGGAGCCUUGGCCAAAACUGGCACCCACAGUCCUCCUGCCUGCCCUGAGACGGCAGGAUGCAUGGCAGGACCCACGGCAGGACCCACAGCACUCCCCCUGUCCUGUUCUACAUUGCCUCCACCCCCUCCACUGUAGUAGCAGACACCAGCGCAGGGCAAACUGCCCCAAAAUAUCUCAGGAGGGGGGGCGAGCUGGCAAAGCCCCCCUCAACACACACACUUGGCAGAGGGGGACCCCAGGGCAGGAAUUUGGGACCUCUGGGGAAGGCUGGGGCUGAGCCAGGCAGCCUCUGGCCCUGCUGGUUUGGUCUCCAUCCCUGGUGCCCACAGAUGGAUCAUGGCCGUGUUGCGCCAUGCCCAAAGCCAUAGACGCAGGAGGAGCCAUCAUCCCUGCAGCCCUCAAGGCCCCACACAUGGGAGGCGCAGGGCAGGGACCAGGGCACCAGCAGCCCUGGCUCUGGGUAUGCAUGGCCCAACAGCUCCCCUGAAGUAUGCACCCACGUGUAAGCAUGUUCCCCGUGGGUGCAAGCACCCAGCUGCGUGGUGUUCCACGGUCCCGUGGGGGGGGAUACACAGCGAGCCUCCCAGCAGGCCAGCCACACUGGUGCUCCCCAGGGAGCCCUCCAGAGCACCCCAUGCUGGCUCCCCAUACACCAACCUGCAAGCAGGAGGGUUCCCACAGGGGUGCCACAUGUUAUCCCAGGAAUGUGCCACGGCCAUGCCAGCCAGCCUUACACCAAGGUCUCCUGCGACAAGGAGGGGGCACAGGAUGUGUCUCCUUCUUGCCAGUCGGAGCAGCAGGCCUGAGAGGGGUGGGCACGGACACCAUGGUGGGAAGGCCAGCACAAACCGCCCUCAUGCUGGUGAACGUGAGAGAUGUGCGUCACUGUUUUAUAAAUGUACAAAUGCUCCCUAAUAAAGAGGCACAAGUAGGUCCA